ACAAGUUAUAAUAACAUGUAUGUGGAGUGUUUAAGACAGAGGAUGGCGCACGCACACCCACGCGCACAUUCUUGUAUUUUGAUAUCCAGCACUUGACUUUUAGUUGGCCCAAGUCACAUUUGACGUUUGCUCUUGGACCUGAUCACUCAACCAUAACUGCCUUACUUUGUUAAUUUUUCAUUCAGCUAAUCUAAUUACUAUAUAUAUUUAUUUUUAAAUUUAUUAUUCUCGGUGUUACUUAAUGUUUCUUUUAUUUUUUUAUUGAAUUUAUCAAUUAAUAUUAUUGUCAGUGUUUAUAAUAAUAUAUGAAUUAUUUGUAUGUGUUAAUAGUAGUUAAAAAAUAUAAAUUACGCGAUGCACUAAAAUGAUGCCAUCUCUUAUACCGUUCAGUGUUCGUGAUAUUUUGAAUGAUAAUCAUAUUGAUACAAUGGAUUCAUACAACUCUCAUGGACAGACAUCACAAAAUUUUAAUUUGUCACAAGACUACUAUGGAUAUAAUACAACUCCAGAGACUCAUUGGGAUAUUGACAAGUAUAAAGAACAAUUACAGUCCACUCAACAAGUAAACAAUCAAAAUUACUCGGAUUUGAAUAAUAUUCAACCCUUGGGACAUAUUGUAACUCCAUAUCAAGAAACUCCGGUUGUAGAAGAUGGAAAUAUCGUGACAUCCAGUAAAACAGAACUAAGAAAAAAUCAAUCUGGAAAAAGAACAAAGAGAAAACCCCGAGUCCUUUUUUCUCAGGCCCAAGUUUACGAAUUAGAGCAGCGUUUUAAGCAACAGCGAUACCUGAGUGCACCAGAACGUGAGGUGUUGGCAUCAACAUUGAAACUUACAAGCACUCAAGUAAAAAUUUGGUUUCAAAAUCGCCGUUACAAGAAUAAACGCGCGCGAAUUGAAGAUGCUGAAAAACAUGUACAAUCUCAAAAUAUUAAAAAUCAAUCAUCGGUUAAAAAAAUUACCGUGCCUGUGUUAAUAAAAGAUGGAAAACCAAAUAAUCGUGAUUCUUGUGGAAUAAAUUAUUGGACUAAUGGAUUUAGAUCUGAUCUCAAUACACAAGAAAUCCAACAAGACUUUGGUCACGUCCGAUUGAGUCCUGACUAUAGAAUAAUAAACGAUGUACGACAAGACUCUACGAGCAUUGCUAGUGAAUUUAGAAAUAAUUUUAGUCCGAGCCAAGAUAUUCAUCGGCAUGUUUUUUCAUCAUCGAUUGACUAUCGGACGAAUAAUAAUUUUAGUUCAUCGGGAAUAAAAUCUAUCAAGACUGAAUAUAAAGACUUUAAUGAUAUUUCAAAUUUUAACGACUUUAAACCCGUUUCAUCUGACGAAAAAUCCGGAAUGAUAUUUAAUAAUGAAAAUCGUUCUAUUAUGGAUAUAUCAGGGAAUGAUUUUGCUUUUUCUAAUUACAGUAAUCCAUCAAAUUAUCAAAUGAGUUAUGUUAAUUAUAUGGAACAAUUACCGAUAGAUCAGAGCAUUCAGCGACUUUGGUAAUUUAUUUUAGUAUAAACAUUCAAAGAGUAGAUAUGCCAAAAUAUUAUUAUUAAGAUAGUUGAAAUUAUUUUAAAUGUAUAAAGGGUGACUUAAUAAUUUAGUAUAUAAUAUAAAAAGAAAAACACACGUAUAUAUAUUAUAUGUAAGUCUUAGUUUAUCGUCGUUGUCGUCAUUUUAUUUUUUUGAAUUGGACGAAUUUUUUUUUAAAUGGUCGUAGGGUACGGAAACAUCCUCUUAAAAAUGGUUAAAUUUUCGUUUCCUUUCGCAUUUUUCACAGUCGUAUUCUUAACCAAUGAGACCAUUAAAAAGUAUAAUUUAUAACUGUACAUAAAAAUAUAAUACUUAUAAAUGAUUAAUAAUUAAAAGUAAUAUAAAUAAAAUAGUUUGUGGAGGGGUUGGUGUUUAAAAUAAAAGUUAAUGAAUUAUAACUUAUAAAUAGGUGGAUUCUGACAGGUUGAGUUAAACCAUUGGUGCUUUUAGGGUUAUCGCGAGAGUAUGACGGGUCAUCUGGCAGUCAAGUGGACGCGCAUAUAAACUCAUGUUGGCGUCGUUUCUUUUUAUUUUCUUGGGAUUCGCCUUCUGAUUGUGCCUAUGGUGCUACUGAUGCUAUUACGGGCCAUGGGAAGAUUACUGAUAACAAAUAUAAGGCGCGAUUUCUUUUAUGAUUAUAUAUAUUCAUAUAUAAAAUACUGCUGAUGCUUUUUUACAAAUCAACUAUACGGCAUUUAAACGUGAUAAUAAUAAUAAUAUUAUAUAUGUAUAUGUAUAUGUAUAAUUUUAUGGCUGUAAAGUAGUAUACCGGUUAUAUGUUCUUACUGCUCUUGAGAGCUGUUAAACAAGGGAUGAUACUCGUCGUGCGAUCGUGGGAACAACUCAUAUAUUAUCUAUAUUAUUACAUUGCCAGACAUCAAUUUUACUAUAUUUAGUAUAUAUGCGUGUUAUACACAUAUAAUAAUAAAAUCAUUAUAUUAUUAAUUUUGCGGUAUAUUUAAUAAUAAUAUUAUUAUUAUAUAUAUAAAAAUAAAAAAUACGAAGCCAGCUGUGUACUUAAAAUAUAGUUAUUUAAUUUUAUUAUAAUAUUUUUUUUGGAUACAAUAAAUAACGAAUAAGUUUAAUAAUAUAUGAUUAUAUUAAAUUUUUUUAAUUGUUUUAUCAUGGUUAAAUGUAUGACUCCAUUACAGGUUCAGUUAUUCAUCCGAUCAAUCACUAAAAGUUAAAUAUCGAAAUAUGAUACUAUUUGACUAUCAACAAAAGUCAAAUGGUAAAAAAAAAAAAAAAAAGCAGAAUAUAGUUAGGAUAAGUAGAGU